AUGGUGUACGGAUCGCGCAAGAUCGCGGAGUCUCUAACCACUACGGGGACGACUUGGCUGUACAACAUCACUACCCAGGGUAUCGUUAUUUAAUUUUUGUCUUGAUAAUUAAGCUGAAAGUUAAAGGGACCGGUGAGAGUGAAAAUAAUCGAAAUAAUUUAAGAAACGAAGAAUCCAUGAAAUACUUCCGCCAAUUAGAAGGAAAUUGCAGUUGAUUUACCUUUUACUUUGGGAAACUUGCGUAACAUCCCAACUUUCCAAGUACAUCUACGAAAUUAGAAAUAUUGAAAUUACCGGCUCGUCGUCUCUGGCAACCGGCUGUGACACACGCCGAGGAUCACUUUCACCUUGCUUUAUUUCCCGCCAGUUAAACACGAAAUUUAUUCUGUCAGCGUAAGUGAGAGCGUUUCGAGACUCAGUCAAAAUCGUUACUCGCACGUGUCGAAAUUACGAUACGUUAGCCUCGUCGCGAUACGAUUUUCGUUGCAAUUAUUCCUUUUAUCGAACUUCGUGACAACAUUUAAUGCACAUACAUACAUGUACAUAUACAGAGUGAAUAGAGAAAAGCCUAGGAUAGAUAAUAAACACAAAAAUUGUUUACAACUUUGAAACUAUUAAUUUUUCGACCCAUGUUUAUCGAGACUUUUUUUUCACAUGGUACUAUCUACCUCUGUCUAGAGGUUAUGAACCUCUUUUUCUAUUCACCCUGUAUAAGAGACAAGAUAAAAAAAAAACAAGAAAAUAUAAAGAGAAAUUAAUCUUCAAGGGCACGUGAGUCGAUACUAGAAAUAAUAAAAAAAUAUACAAUGUUGUGAAAAUUUAAUUUUGAAAUAACGUUAGAAACGGGGAAUAAAAUUCUGCUCGCGUUUGAAGUUUGGAUUAUUGCCAAGAGCACGUAUGUUAGUAUCGCUACUUGCUCCGCAUUGCGGGUUGAAAUAAGUUUAUCGUAAGGGGGAAAAAAAAAACAUUUACGAUUGUCCCUCUGAAAACGUGAUCAACGAGGUCCAAACAGAUUCCAUCGCAAAAAGAUAAUACUCGAGCCAUCUAUCUGUACAUCUUCAAAGUCUCAAAAAAUUCAAAGAUGAAGAUUCUCACCAGCUUCCUAAUUCAUUUACAGAGGGAUACGUGAUUCACAGCCCAGAGAUAUUCCCUCGAUUAGUAUCGUUCAAAUUUUUAUUAUAUUAAAAGAUUUAUUUAUUAAUUAUUUAUUAUUUAUUUAUUAUUUAUUUAUUAUUUAUUUAUUAUUUAUUUAUUAUUUAUUAUUAUUUAUUUAUUUAUUAUUUAUUUAUUAUUUAUUUAUUAGAAUUUAGAUUGUUAUAAAAAAAAGUGAAAGUGAUCGAGUAAAAUGUAACGAUUGCAGGGGAGAUGAGCAGCAGCGGUGGGUUGGGAUUCGGCGUCGGUGUCGGCGUCGGCGUCGCCGGCGGUCCAACCCUUGCGGCCGCUCAACAAGGCCAGGGGGUGGCUGCGCUUCUGGUGAUGCUGGCCGUGCUCUGCUUCAUAUUCGCAUAUUGCUGUUGGGGCGCGCCGUUCUGCAGAUCGCUGUGCCGACGGCAUUGUUGCUGCCGGCUCGAGGAUCCAGAGCCAGAUUCACGGUUCAGCAACAACGAUCAAACAAUGGUAGCAACGCCGACGAUUAUUCUUUUGCCGCACGGCAGGAUGCUCGUUGUCGAUGGUACGAUCUUCACGCAGUUCCAAACCGAUCCAAGUGGUUUAGAUUUGGUGGAACUAGGCGACAGCGUGCUGCGCGCUCAAAGAAACCCCCGAGGGAUAAUCCGACAUCAGCUGCAGAACAGCCAAGGUAGUAUACUGGAGAUGGACGCGGAAACGCCGAGCAAAGACAGUUUGGGAUCGGUUGGAUGCUUCCCGCCACCGACUUACGAGAGCAUCUACGGCAAAGAAGAGUCAGACAUGCCUCCGUCGUACUCCGACAUCUUGCUACACAGGUUUGCCAACCUCCCCCACGAGAUAGAUAUGCACGGUUAUUGUUACGAUGGUAAAGAGGAAAUCGAGAUGCAGAGCCUAGAUGGUUGCCCUCAUAUUUUAGGCAAUCCGAUGAAUACAAUAGCGUACCCUUACGCGACCGUGACAAAUUUCUCGUGUCAAAGCUUUCCACGUAGGAACGUCUCGAGAAACCCGUCGAUCAUCAGCAAUCCACUCGACAGUUAUUACGUGGACAACGAAUUGGAAUUGUACCGACUGAGCCAGGAGAUGGUGCCGCGGGUAUUCAGCAACGCGAAUUUCGAGACACUUAGAACUUAUCAGGAUGAAACAUCAUUUUACAGUGUUAAUGGGAACGAGAACGAACGUUGCUCGCAGAACGACACACUGUCGAAUAAUGGGAAUUACUGCGUGCCCGAUAACAGUAUCCGAAACAACGAAAGAAUAAUCCCAAGUAAUGCCGACGAAGUAUCGAGGAACAUAACGUCGGCGAACGAGUUGAUGAACACGAGAAAUCUCGUUCGUAGUAUGUCGAGAACUAGUCAAGAAAGUAGAAACAACAUAGAGAAUUCACAGAGAGAUACUCAGGAGAGCGGGGUGGUUUUCGUUCGGAUACCCCGUUCCGAGGAUUGCAACAAUACUCCACAAAAUUGGUACAGCAACGUUAGUGACAACGACAGAUCAAGAGUACAAGCAAACCAGGAGGAUCAAUCUAGUCUGAGAAACGUACAUUCCGAAAACGACCAGACGGAUGAACCUAAUUACAAUGUGGAAUCUAACUCGAUAGGAUAUUAUAUUAGGAACCAAAGCACUGGCGAGGCUAUCAGUAGGUCGCACAGGUUAGAAAACGAGGCUGUUUAUUCUGACGAGGAGACCAGGAAUUUUGGAGCACUGGCAGACAUUCGUGAGAGUCGCGUAUAA